GGCCCACCAGCACACGACCGAGAUGCUGCCAGUAUGGACGAUCCUGGGCCUCCUUGCGCUGCUCCUGUCCUUCGCCUGCUUGGCCAUGGCGCUGUGGUCCAUGCACCACUCGAUGAAGUACAUGCAGUCGUGCGUCUUCCGCGCGACCUUUGCCUACCUCGUCUCGCGCAUCGUGCACGCGGUCGCAUGGAGCGUCGUCUCCAUCAUCUUUAUCGACCAAUUUGUCGGCGGCGAAAUGUCCGCCUGGCUGUAUCUGGACUCGUACCAUGACGCCGGCGGCUUCCGUCUCCUGCGCCACGACGAAGAGCCCAACGGGAAAGAGGAUCCGCCGACCGAAGUCAUUGUCAUGGUCUUCUUUGGCGACGCGGCAACCGUCUCGGGUGCGCUCUGGAUGCUCGUGCUCGUGCUCGAGCUCAUCAAGCUUGCGAAAAAAUCCCUCGACCGCGGCUCGUUCCAGGAGAAGUGGACGUUCAAGCGCUACACGAUUGCCAACGUCGUCGUCGUUGGCAUCUACACCAUUCUCUCGUUUGCGAUCGAUGGACCCGGCUUUUGGACGGGCCGGUACGUCGCGGUUCUUAUUACCGCCAACGUCCUCCAAGCGCUCGUCAUUGCCACCGUCACGGCGGGGGUCUACUACCUUCGGUCGCACAGCCGCAAGUUUGAGUCCGUCGACGGGCAAGUGAUCCAGUCACCGCUCUACCUGCGCCUCAAGCGCAUCUUAACGGUGUACAUCACCACGUCGUUGCCGUACCUCAUUGUGGGCUGGUUCAUGCUCGCAAGCGACGCGCCGGGUGACUUUAUGCCGCGCUGGCUCAUGGGCUCGUCCAUCGUACUCUUCAACGUAUCCGGCUGUGUCUUUGCCCUCGUGCUCGUUGGCAGUCAAGAGUGCUUUAAUACCUGCCUCGGCCCGUCCGACGAGACGCGUCUCACCAUCACACAAGCGUCCCAAAACAUGGACGCGCCAAUGGAGCACCCGGUCUUUGUCAACACGGACAUUGAGUCGUCGAGCUUGCUCUGGGGCCAGCUCGGCCAGACCAUGCACGACGCCCAAGAGCUCCAUGACAACCUCCUACGAUCGCUCCUCGUGAAGCACAACGGGUACGAGAUUACGACGUGCGGCGACGCGUUCCAGCUCGCGUUCCACUGCAUCCCAGAUGCCGUCGCCUACUGCUUGGACGUCCAGUUGGAGCUCAUGAACCAACCGUGGCCCGUCGAAUUUGUCGACUCGGGUCUCCCCGGCAGCCUCACCGUCUCGAUCCGCACCAAGCACGUACCGCUGACGAAGCCCAAGCACCAGUAUUUAUUCCACGGCAUCCGCGUGCGUAUGGGCAUCCAUGCAGCGUCCGAGGCCGAGGGCCAGCUCUUUCACCAAGUGCACCCGGUGACGCACCGGACGACGUACGUCGGUCUCUCGGAGCUCAUUGGGCGCGAAGUCAGCGAUGUGGGCCAUGGCGGUCAGAUUGUCGUGACGGCGCCAAUCGCCAAGUGGCUCGAAACCGAGGCCAGCAAGAACUCGCGCUGGGCACAGAACCACCCGUUUGCUGUCCAAGACAUGGGCGUUUACCGCAUCACGGACCUCAAGAUCGACCUCGGGAUCGCGGAAGUCGUGCCCGCGGCGCUGCGGGACCGAAGCGCACACUUUGGAUCGAUUGCCAACGUGCAAAGCCGCAUGUCGUACGAGCCGUCCGAGAGCAUGCGCUAUGGCCUCGUGCGCUCGCCGCGUGAAGUCGCCAUCUUUGUCUAGUCCAUUCGUGCAAGCGCGUUUAUUUAUUUUCAUUUGCCC